AUGGGCGGGCUUACUCAAAACUCUAGAUAUAAAAGCGCCACUCUCCCGGUACUCACAUUAACCGACAUAAACCUUCCUGGUCGUCUCUCUCUUAGGUUUCCAUCUUCGUCUCGGUUCAUAUGCACUACUAGGCAAUUGAAAGCUUCUGAAGAACGAGAUUCUUCUUCCCCAGAAGAAGAAGUCCAGAAAUACGAGGAGCCUGUCCGUAAAGAUUUAGUCUCUGAAGACGUCGUAAAUGAUGACGGAGUGGGAGGUGCUCAAAAUCACUCCUCCGACGAAGAUGCGAUAGAUGAACCUAGAGUGCUAUCUCCAUCUCAAGUUAUUGAUGCACCUGCACAAGAAGGCGAAACUUUCGUAGAUCCGUUUAUCUUGGAGCUCUUUCACGCUAUAAACCAAAAAGUUGCGAGAAAAUGGGUUGAUUUCAAUGUUGAUGUUAGUGGUUUCCAUUUUUCAAGUAAGCAGAAGAAACUGGUCCAACGGGACUUACCAAAAAAGCAACGCUUUGUUCCACAGUAUUUUCCAUCAAGAUGGAAUGACUUUGUACAGGCCAUUGAAUCAUAUGAAGGUUUUGUACAUAAAAAGGGUCGCUUUGGUUCAAGAUUUACUCAUCCUGAGUUCAAAGUCGGAACUCCGCAUUUGAUUUAAAAAAAGCCAGCAAAUGAACAACAUCAUGUACCUCCAAUUCCACCACCACUUCAUAUUACUCCACCUGGACUUCCCUCACCAGCACCUUCUCAACCUGUCUCGCAACCCCUAUUCCCUGUUAGUGGUAACAAUAUUGCUGAGUCAAUCCAAAGCUCACCUUUUUCUACACCUUCUGCUAUAACUCCUUUAAGUUCUUCACUGGAACUUAGAAACUCAGUGGACAUCUAUUCCAGUGUGAAUGCAAAUAGCUACCGCGAUCCAAACAUCCAAGGUUUGAAUAUUCCUUUCUCCAUUAGCCAUUAGCCAUUACAUAACUUACUUUGAUGUUCAUGUGUGUGGCGAAGUAUCAGGUGAAUGAUGAAACUAGCCAGGUAAGUUGCAACUCCCCCCUACUUUUUUGAACAGACCCUGAGUUAUAUUGCUCGUUUUAAUUUUUGUAUGUGGAUAUUAUUUGCUGGUUUCAGUUUGAUAAUAGAGGUACUCUUGUAUAUAUACCACCCUUGAAUUUGCUUUGCUUUAAUUAGAGGAGAAAAACACAAACAAAACUAGGUGCGAGGAUUCUGUGAACCCGCUAAUUGAACAUAAUAUUUUUAGAGGCCUUUUCAAAUUGAAUCUCGUGCGAGGACAUGCUGUUCUAUUUUUUAACCACCAAUGUCUCCAAUUUGCAAGCUAUUCAUUCAACUGGCAGCCAAAGUAUCAAGUAGGUAUUUAAUUUAUCUUCUCAAGUAGUUAGGCUUUAUAACUCUGACAAGUGUGGAUCCACUACACAGCCGCUACAACAAAUGGAGAGAAUUCCUUGGAUACCCGAUCUCUCUCUUUUCCCUCAGGUACGAGGGCUCACCAGAAGCACUACUAGUUAGAUUGAGGUUACAUGUGCUUGCUAUUUGGACACCUCCACCUGGACUGGAGACGCCUAUCACCGUUGGUACUUCAGCUGCUCCUCUUGCUGGAUCGUCUUUGCCACCACCCGAUGAUGAUAAAUCAGAGAAGAAAGAACAGGUCGAUGCUACUAGGAUGCCUGGUCUUCAUACUCGUAUGACAGAAGAACCACCAUCAUCCCCACCCCCACCUGGGGCGUCCACCACUACUGGGGACGAUUUCGAUUCUGACAGAGAUGUAGGUGAUCAUGAUCUGGACUCUGAACCACCUUGUCAUGAUAUGCAGGGAUCAAGAAUGUAAGCCUUUGUCUAGUAUUGUUUUCCUACAGGUUUUUAUUUUGCCACUGUACAAAAUUGUUGAAGAGGAAAUUCUCCUAUAUAUCCGAAUA